UUUUUUUUUUUUUUUCGCCUUUUUUUUUCCGUUUUCGCAAAAAAAUAACACAUAAAGCAAAUCCACAACAAUAACAACCACACACCACAUAGUUGAACGGAAGAAGUACCCCGUAGGGAUAAGAGAAGAGAAAGGAGAAACAAUAUGAUGACUACGAGACGAUAAUAUAGCGGAGGAGAAGUAAACAUAGUAUACUAGUUGAUAGUAUACUGCUCUGAGGACGCCCCGGCUUCCCUUGCUCUACCCUAUCUGCACUCUCCCGUCACUACGCCCUCUCCACCCACAUACCUUAUUCUACACCGCGACCUGGUCGAUGAUGAUAACUUCGAGCUCGAGACGUGUGUCUCUGGCCCAGGAUGAAGCCGCCAAAAGGCAUCGCCGGUGCCCAGACGACAGCUUGCGUCGCUGAUACCCUUUAAAAGGGUUUAACUUGAUCUAAUCUGACUGGCCUCCUUAUCCUUCAACCUUUAACCCGGGAUAGCUGUAGCUAGUAUGCACAGGGAGAGACGCGAAAGAUUCUUUGAAGAACUAGUCCUCUUUGAUAAUUGAUGAGACAAUAGAGAAACAUACCGUUCCUUUUCGUUGUGCCACCAGUAUUUGUUCGACAGAAUACAACAACACCCAGUACUUGACGAGAUGCAAAAAAAGGCUUCAUGAGAGAACUCGAUUUAGAUAUCGGUUGUGGUGCUGGGAUGAGCUGUCGAAGGUUUGGCUGACGCCCUCGAGGAGCUCGACUGGCAGCUUAUACAAUUAUAUAUCACGUCUAGCGAUAAAGCUCCAGGUAAUACUCCUGGCUACUACUGACUGCAUAGACUUAAGUGUCUCCUUUGAUAGCUUCUAUUCUGCUAGUACACCUGUGUAUCCCUAGAACGGCUUCGACUCCAGCUCUGAGGAGUUUAGUGGUAUGUGAUGACCAGAAUAGCAGUAUUCCAUUAUAACAUUAUAAUAACAGAGCCUAGCUGGCAAUAUGGAGAACUUUUGGCAGGUUAUGGCUGUAUAUCGGAAUACUAGGGACUGGGCUAAAGAGCAGAGGAAUAGGAUCGUCAACGAUGCAGGUGAAGAGUACCGACACAGGAGGGCUACCAAAUAGCCCCUUGAAGCUGGGCCGUAAUAUCUUCCACUACCUAUCCUGCAGACAGCCAAUGAAAUCAUGCCCGAGAAACCAACUCUCAACAGUUACAAUCAAGUCCCUAAUUAGCACUUCGUGGCGCUGUAAAGCCGGUCCUUACUGGCAAUUUACUGCUCUUCUUUGUCUCUCUGCUUCUGUCUUGUCUCUGAAUUCUGCUUGAUGGGCGAAAUUGAAAUCCAUAGUCACGUGUGUAUACGGAACAAUGUUUAGCCUAAAUCCGACGGCAUGGACCCGACCGCCCGGAAGUGGAUCUCCAAAUUUAAGAAAAAGACUUCAUAAAAGAGACCAAGAGGAAGACAGAGGAGAAGAGGAGAAAAGGGUAUAAUAUAAAGAGUUCAUUGCAGACAAAAAGGAGAGAGCUGGUGAAGACAUGGACUCGCGUCAUGUCAAUCGCUCCGUCUGAGUCGUGAAUACACUUAACACCACGUCUCCGCGACUCAUAGCCGCCUCCUCCCACUGCACCAUUCCUACCCACCAAGACAGCGAACCAGCCCCCAGAGAUGGCGGGCCUCGAUCACAUUGCUAGGUAUGGCUCUCUUGCACCGUGUUACGACAUAAUGCGGGUAUUAACCUCUGUCUAGCUCGCUCUCCCAAGAUGAGAUCCCAUUCAAGCUGCGUUGCGCCAUCUGUAGCAAGCUCGCGUGGAACGCCUUCAGAUUGCCAUGCUGUGACCAAGCAAUAUGCGAAGGCUGUACGUUCCCAAUCUUUAAUGAGAUUGAUGAGAUCGAAUAGACCAGAUCUUAGCUGACUCGACUGGAUUAUGACCAGGCCAAACAUCCCUUCCUUCCAGUUGUCCCGUGUGCGAUCACAGCCCGCUCGACGCUGAGCUCUGCAAACCAAAUAAGGCUCUGCGCACUACGCUUAAGGCAUUUCUACGGACCGAGGAGAAGAAACGCGAGAAGAACAAGCCCGUCAAAGAACCUACUCCGCCAGCCCCCGCGGUCUCCGGCGCAGCUGAGACAGCUCCUGCUCCCAUUCCCGCUGAACCGGAGCAGGCUCAGACUCAAGCCACUGGCAGUAUCGCAGCCGAUUCUGCUGACCCUACACCGACCAGUCUUAUCACUGCAGCCCCCAAUGGGCCAGACGUUGUGAAUACCAGCCAGCAAGCCACUAGUGGCGGAGGGAACGCGGAAUCACAGGCAGAAAAUGAUACUAAAAUUGACAUUGUAAGAUUUGAUAAUUUAGUGCAUCUUCAUUGCCCAAAUGCUGACAAUUUCAAGGAUGCCCACCCAAACGUAGCGAAUGAGACGCUCACUACCGAAACGGCUAAUACGGAGCCCGAAACUACGCCCACGACUUCAUCUGCCUGUGCAGAAAGUGGUACUGUCGCACUACCUGAUAAUACAACUCUCCCUGAAGGGGGAUAUACCAAUGGAUUUGGCCAGAUGGGCUGGAAUGGAACAGGGGACUUUAACCAGGGAAUGCCAUUCAUGGCCAACGGCAUGAUGAUGGCCCAGAAUCCAAUGGGAGCUCCCGGGAUGUUUGGAAUGGGCAUGGAUCCGAUGACCGCGGCUCAGGGAAUGUUUACUGGCUACGGGAUGAAUAUGAAUGGGAUGAACAGUAACAUGGGCAUGAUGAUGAAUUCCGGUGCUGGGCAAGGAAUGUAUGGAUCAUGGGAUGGUCAGAACAACAUGUGGAAUGGUGGUCCAGAUAACUUCAAUGGAAUUGCAUUCCCUAAUCGCAUGGGUGCCGACUUUGGCCCUGCUCCUGGAGUUGGUGGAUAUAAUAUGAUACAGUCACAGUCACAGCCUCACCAAAAAUUUCCUCACCUGCAUCAGCAACAGAAAUUUCCUAGCAAUGAUUUUCAAAACUCAUAUGGUCCCUACGGCCGCGGUGGCCCUGUUGCCGGGCGAGGAGGGCGAGGAUUCGGCCCCGUCGGGCGUGGCCGUGGCUAUCAGCCUGCUAACGGCUAUCAAGGUAACCCUCUACCCCCUAACAUGGGCGGCUUCCAACGCUAUAAUCAGCCUCAGUUCCAGCAGCAGCAGCCGCAGCAGCCGCAGCCACAACAACAGCAGCCGCAGCUCCUCAACAGUGUUUCAGGCCAGGCGGACGACGGAUUCAACCCAGGUGGUGAGGAGGAUAUGAAGGAGCAUCAGCCCAAGGAAGAGUCUGCUGAAACUCCAGCACAAAAGCAGCCUGCUGGCGGCGACGCAGCGGAUGGGGCUGCGAGCUCAACGGCAGAUCAGACUGCAAAUCAACCAGCUGAGCAAUCUACCAAUACUGCAACAACCGCUGCUGCCAACGGAACUAGUGAUACUUCGUCGUCCACUGCGGCUGCACAUACAAACCCUAUUCCUAGUUACUCCAGCACCCCUGCCUUUGGUGGUGGCCCGGGAGGUGGCAGGUACCAUGGAAAUGGCCCGGGCUUCCAGUCUACGCCGUAUGUGAAUGGAAUGCCUAACGGGGUACCAAGUGGCCCCAUGGCUUCAAACACCCCCAUGGCCAUGGGAGGCUUACGGGCGGCGGCACUAGGUCCAGGUCCUGGAGUUGCAGGAGCUCCGGCCGCGCCGCGAGCGAUGCGAGAAGGCCUACCAAAUACAAGCACCCGUAACAUGAGAAAUUUUGUUCAAAGCCACAGCCGAACGGUGUCGAUGAGCCAGCCGUCUGUCAAGGAGUCUCGAAGCUCGUCCCCGGCUAAGCGUGAUGCUGAGCCAGAUGCACCAGCUUCGAGGGCUAGGUCUAAGUCUAGAUCUAGAUCGAGGUCAAAAUCUAAGUCACCUUCACGCUACAGGUCUCGUCAGCGCCGCUACCGCAGCCCUUCGGCCGGACCUACACAGAGUGAAGACGAGAGAAGACGGGAGCGGCGCAGUAAGCGUGCUCGUCGGGAUGACAAUGAAAGGGAAGCCGAUGUGAACGACGAUAAACGUCCAACGUCUAGAUCUCGCUCUUUUUCUCCUGGAGACACUAAAUCGUCAUCUUACCGUAGACGUGAUCGUGAGAGAGACAGAGAUCGCGAUGAUAGCUCUUCCAAGCGGUCUCGUCGGCGCCGUAGUCGCAGCCCAAGCAGACGAGAUGGUAGAGCCGUCGAUGCUUCUGAUAAAAGUGACCCUGGCCUGUCUAUAAAGGGGAGCUCGUCAAAUCGACGUGAUAAGCAUAGAUCUCGCGAAGAUGUUGAUGGCGUAGGGGAAGAUCGCCACAGACAGAGAGAUAAAGGCCGUGAUCGCCAUCGUGAUCGAGAACGUGAGCGUGAUCGCGAUAGAGACCGUGAUCGGGAGAGGGAUAGGGAGCGGGACAGGGACAGAGACAGAGGCCGUCGUGACCGUAAAAGGUCCCGUCGAGAUUACUCGGAGUCUCGCGACGAUGAGGAAUACAAUGACCGUCGCUCUAGGCGGCCCCGGCAUGAAGAUAGCAAUGAGCAGGUAGGUAAAUCCCAGGAAACCAAAGCUGCGGAUAAGUCUCGGCCAAGCGGCCAUGCAUCGAAAAACGGAGCCACUGCUGAAAAGGAUCCUCACACGCUUGAACGAGAGGCUCGGAACAGAGAGCGCCUGUUGAAGGAACAGCAGCGACGAGAAGCCGUCAAUGCAGACCGGGAUAGCAAGGGAGGCGGCCGUCGUCGUGACGGUAAUUCCAAGCUUGAUCGCAACCUCCUAGGCAGGAAGCUGAGUUAUAAAUACGAAGAUGAAUUGGGUGACCAUGAACGGGAGCGUGAAGCUGUUCGAUGGUCUUGA